UGCAUCUUAAAGCAGUUGUAUUUAUUUUAAAUAAGAAGUUAUUGAAAUCAUCAGUCCAAAUCUAAAAAAGGAGGAAGCCGAUUACCAAAACACUCAGUCCAAGUAGUUAUUCAAUAUCGAAGCAAGAAUAUUGAUGCAGCGUCAUCAUGCUUGGACGCCAAGGAAACCAAUGUUACGAAUCGUAAUUUACGAUUAGGCUUUAAGUUUUCCUUAUUAUUAUUAAGUUUAUUAUUUUCCUUUUAUUUUCUUUUUUAGGAUACCGAAAACCCUAGAUGAGAGUUUUAUUUAUAGUCUUUGUAUUUCUUUUUUAGAAGGCAGUUUUUGAUAAUUAAUAAACUAAAAAAUUUCUCUUUUUCCUUGUUUUUGAUUUGAUUAAAUUCAUCAAUACAAGAAGCCGAUCUCAAGUAUGGUUCUUUGAAUCUCUUGAUUGAGUAAAGCAUGUCCCAAGGAGGAUUAUCAAAUCCCUUGGUUGAGCUGAUUAUCUAGUUAGUAUGCUGCGCCAAAUAUGGUCCUCUAACGUCUCUAGUGAAUUUGGCUUCUUCAUCUAAGGAGAUCAAUGGCCUUCUUUACCUUACACGUUUUGACAAAACUCAGGUUUUCCAUCACCUUAGAAAACGAGUUCUCGAGGAAACAUUGUGUGUUUCUCAUUGCCACCUCCGCACUUCAUGCGAGCUAGUACAAUAUCUUUAGCUUUCUUUCGUAGAAGUCUAGGAAACACAUGUGGGAGAGGUCUAAUCUCUGAAAAAGCUAAAUUAUAUGGUUUGAACUUCGUUCGAGAGAAAUGUACGAAUCUACAAAAUCUAAAAACUUCAAUAUUAUUCAGAAAAGAAGAAGAAUAAACUUCUCUAAGGAGUCUUCUCGAAGGUAUUAAGGCUUGUGUGACUUAAGGUUCGUCUUUUUAACUUAAUAUAUACACAUCAUAUUUUCUAGGAUUCUACUCAUUUGUUCUGAUUUUGUUUAAGGUUUGGAUAAAUUUAUUUCAUUUUAUUUUGUGGAAUGUUAAUUAGGCAUGUCAUAGUAGAAAAGCUAGCCAGAUUUGAGGUACAAUCUCAUAUAUGGUUUGUUAGGACGUCUAUUCGGAAAUUCAACAUUCAUAAACAAAUAAUAUGUUAUGAAUAAAUACAUUUCAUGUAACAUUUAACAAUCAGAACAUUAAAAUAUUAUUUUGCAUUUUUUCAUUUGCCAUUUAGCUAAUUUUCUCUCUAAAUUUUUGUCACUAAUUCAUUUUUAAAUAAUGCUAGAAUUUUCAACUCUACGAAACGUCAUUGGCUACGUAUAUUUGAUUUACUUAGCAUCUAUAUAUAUGUUAUGUGGCUUCUUUGGUUAUUUCUAAUCAGUGGAAAACAAAAAUGGAUAAAAGAUGGAGUCUUCAAGGGAUGGCUGCUCUUGUAACAGGUGGAGCCAGCGGAAUUGGGCAUGCCAUAGUAGAUGAGCUAGCCGGUUUUGGAGCUAGAAUCCAUGUAUGCGACAUAUCUGACAUACUGCUAAAUCAAAGUUUAAAUGAAUGGGAAAAGAAAGGGUUUCAAGUUAGUGGCACAAUCUGUGAUGUAUCCUCACGUCCCGCUAGAGAAACACUUAUGCAGACCGUCUCAAUGAUGUUCGAUGGCAAGCUCAACAUUCUUGUGAACAACGUUGGCGGACUUCGCACAAAGCCAACAACAGAAUAUCUGGCUGACGAUUUCUCGUUCCAUAUUUCAACAAACUUAGAAUCUGCUUAUCAUCUUAGCCAACUUUCACAUCCUCUCCUAAAAGCUUCUGGAUUUGGAAGCAUUGUCUUUAUUUCGUCUAUUGGAGGGGUUGUAUCGAUGGAAGGUGGCUCUAUCUACUGUUUAACCAAAGGAGCUAUAAAUCAACUAGCACGAAAUUUGGCGUGUGAAUGGGCACGUGACAACAUAAGAGCCAACGCUGUUGCUCCUAAUUUUAUCCAGACUGCUAUGGCUCAACCUCUCCUCGGAAAUGCCGGCUACAAGAAGAGUUUGUUUAAUAGAACUCCACUAGGUCGCGCUGGAGAGCCAAAAGAGGUUGCAUCCCUUGUAGCUUUUCUGUGUCUACCCGCAGCUGCAUAUAUUACUGGUCAAACCAUUUGUGUUGAUGGAGGUCUCACUGUGAAUGGUUUGUCCUAUCAACAACAGGCUUGAGCCGAGAGUUGUGUUUGUGUGGCAAUUCAUUAUUCAAAUAUUUUUUUCCACAAAUUAUCAAUCGAUGCAUUUCAUAAUGAAUAAUGAGCUUCUCUAUCUUUGAUUUUCCAAAAUCGAGCAAGAAAUUUUUUAAACAGGUCAUUUUCAUCGUUUGGAUAAUACUUCAUCGAUCUUGCGAGUUCCAAAAAUGAUUUACUGGAUUAUUAAAUCACAUAUUUAAUAUUAUAUAUAUUUUUUUAUUUUUAUGUUUAGUUUUAGUAUUUUUAUUAGUUUAUGCAUCUUUAUAAAAUAAUAUUAAAUAAUUUCUUAUGGAAAUCAUAUUUCUUUUCAUGCUAUUUUACUAUUUUUAAAAUUUAAGUAUGAAAUAAAAACAUUAAAGAUUAAAAGAACUAUCAUGUGAAUAAAAAAAUUUAACUCUAAAAUCGAGUAAUGAGUAAAUGGAUUAACGUUAACUAUCACUCCAUUUUGGAACUGAAAAUAGAGUAGAAUUGGAGUAUAUUUUACUACAAAAUGAUGUUUAGCGUAAAAAAUUGAGUAGAAUUGGAAUAUCAUAUUAAUACUAAUAUUAAUCAAUCUUUCUAAAAAUACUAUCAGAUUUGUGAGAUUUAUUGGAUCAAUCAUUAUCGAAUUACGGGUAAAUAUCGAGUUUUUGAAUUUUUACCAAAUUUUAUCAGAUUUUUAAUAAACAAAUUUUUAGUAAUUCUGAACCGAAUUAUAUACUAAUUGGUUCUAGGGGUUUUUGCCAAAACUAACCCACAACUUGAUUUUAAUCCCAAACCUAUACCCAAACUUGAAUCAAAUGCAAAACUAACCUAAAAGCUUAGUGAAAUUACAGCUCA